ACCGCCAUAGCCAUAGGCCGUAGUGAGGGGGCAGCUCUUUUGGCAGCUCGGUGUCUCGGCUGGAUCGGCCGAAAAACUCGUUUUGUGACGUUGGUGCGCGUGCUUUCUCUGGUACCUAGUACUUCGAGGUCUCGUGCCUUGUACCACUUGUACUAUCUGGUGAUCAGGCAGAAACGAAUGUUUGGUAUUUGUAGGAUGUCGCUGACUGAACGGAGGAAAGAGGUGUAAAAUGUUACCACCGUGCUCUGCAGGGAUUGUGGAUAACGGUUGACUUGCAGUGGCUUUACUUUAAGCAUCGGCAUAUCUUGAUCUUGGCUUUUAUCAACAACAACAUUAUGACAACUGCAACCAAAAGGGCAUGGAAACUACCUGGAAGAAGGGGACUGCGUGCACCCCUAAGGCCGGCGACACGACGCAAUAAGUUUUGGCAACUAGAAGAAUUCGUGGCUCAUGGAGCCAGCGUCAACUGCCUUUCCAUUGGACGGAAGUCUGGCCGCGUCAUGGUUACUGGCGGCCAAGACAAGAAAGUCAACCUGUGGGCUGUAGGCAAAACAAAUUGUAUCAUGAGUUUAACAGGACAUACAACACCAGUGGAGUGUGUCAAGUUCUGCCACACAGAAGAAAUGGUCUGUGCUGGAUCCAUGUCAGGAGCUCUAAAGAUAUGGGAUCUUGAAGCUGCCAAAAUUAUCCGAACGCUCACAGGACACAAAGCCAAUGUGCGAUGUGUUGACUUCCACCCCUAUGGGGAUUUUGUAGCAUCAGGGUCAAUGGAUACAACAGUAAAGUUAUGGGAUACUAGAAGAAAAGGCUGUAUAUAUACAUAUAAGGGUCAUAAUAAGUGCAUCAAUAGCCUCAAAUUUAGUCCUGAUGGCCGAUGGAUCGCAUCUGGAAGUGAAGAUGGCAGUGUAAAGCUUUGGGAUUUGCCAGCAGGGAAGAUGCUUGCAGAGUUUCAUGACCAUUGUGGUCCUGUCAAUGAUGUGGACUUCCAUCCAAAUGAGUUCCUUUUAGCAAGUGGAGGAUCUGAUCGCACAGUCAAGUUUUGGGACCUGGAAAGUCUCCAGUUGGUGUCUUCAACAGAAGGUGACUCCGGAGUUGUAAGGUGUAUCUAUUUCAAUCCUGAUGGUGCUUGCUUAUAUACGGGUGCCGAUGAUCUGCUGAAAGUGUACAGUUGGGAGCCCACAAAAACAUACGACACCUUGGUAAUGGGAUGGAGCAGACUUGCUGACAUAUCUGUUGCCCAAAACCAGCUUAUUGCUGGAACAUUUUCUGUAACAAACGUGUCUGUAUAUGUGGUUGACCUAAAACGGGUCCAGCCAUUUGGAAAUACACCAAGCACAAACUCCCUACCACAAGAUAAUCAAGCCCUGCCACAAGGAAAUCCUUUUCGAAUUGGUUCAAAUACAAGAAGGAGCUUUUCCAGAAAUGACAAAGAUAGCAGAGAUUUACAUGCAAUGAAAAUGAAGCCACUCGAAGAUGAGACAGCAUAUAUUGUCGAAGGAGAACGGGGAGACGCUGACAUCAAGGAUAUACAAGACUACAACGAAAUAUUUCAUCCUGCAAGAGAGUUGUCACGCACUCCACCAAAGGACAUUCCAUUUCCAGCCCCACCUGAGGAUUCAGUAAAACCCAUAUGCACGGAAACACAGCCCAGAAAGGUUGUUCGUUUUUGUGGUUCUGGCUCCUGCAUUUUGCCGAAACCCACAAGGAGUACAGUCAAAGGUGUUCAGCAAAUGAGUGCAACCUCAACCGUCAGUUCAUUAAGUGCCACCUACACCGUUCGCUCCAGAGGCACGUUGGUGGGUUCUGGUGCAUUGCUACCUCAGGAACCGGCUCAAAGUGUUACAGCAGCUGUACCUGGCUCAGUGGGUGUGGUACCGAUUAACUUACCUCCUAGCUUACCUGCUAGGUCAACAAGCAGCCUUCACACAAGUUCUGUGAUUUCAACCACCAGCAGUACCAACCUUGUAAAACCAAUGGAGAAAGCUACUGCUAUGGUUCGAACAUCAUCUCAGAUUAUUGAGAGUUCAACAGUGUCUAUUGUAAAGCCAGUAAUGAGUGUUCCUCCAGACAGCAAAGAAGUGGCUCAUUUUCCUCAAAAAGCUGUAGUACAUCCUGAGCAAAAGACUGUUAUAGAUUUUGUUCCAGCUCAAAGAGAUACACCUGCUGGCUUGGACCUGGAUGAGUUUCUUCCUCGCCACCUACAAGAAAACCACAACUCUGGUUUUCCUAUGCAACCUGAAAUGCCAGAGGCUGAAGCCAUUGCCACAAUCAUGGAACAACACAAAACAAUAAUGACUGUAGUGCACCAUAGACUUAAAAACAUCAAACUUGUUCUUGCUCACUGGAGCACAAAGGAGCCAAAAGCUGCUAUAGACACUGCCUUAUCUAUGAACGACUUGUCUGUGAUAGUAGACAUAUUUAGCGUCAUUGCAAUCAGGCCGCAAAUAUGGAACCUUAACAUGUGCCAGAUGACACUUCCUGCCAUUUAUGACCUUCUGCAAAGCAAGUAUGAAUCGUACAUGUCUGUGGGCUGCUUGUGCCUGCGUGUCAUCCUCAAGCACUUCGGUCCCACCAUCAAGACAAACAUCACAGCGCCUCCCGGCGUCGGUGUUGACAUUUCACGGGAGGAGAGGUACAACAAAUGCAUGAGUUGCUACAACCAGCUGCUGUCCAUACGAGCCUUUCUGCUGAAGCGGCAGACGAUGCAAGGCAAGCUCGGACACUCUUUUCGGGAGCUACACAUUCUCAUGCAGUGUCUAGAAUGAAGACAACCAGUCCUCACUGUGCCAUUGUGAACGUUUGAAGUGACUCAGCACUUCAUGGACGCAGUUAUUUCUUACAGGCUGUGCCGCCAUUCCUCUUGGUGCUGUAUAACUUAUUGCCGAUUACGUGGCAGGGUAUGCGAGAUGUUUUUUUCUGUCGGCGAAUUUAACGCGCUGUAGUUUUGCUCUAACGCUAGCACUGGGUACGGACGCUGUACUAAAUUGGAAUGCAGAAAAUUGGUUCGCUGCGAGAUGAUGUGCCUCAAUUUGUUAGCAUCCCCGUAGAUGUAGUUUAUAGAAUGUGCGUGUGUGUGUUAGCGUGACUGAAAUCCGUCGUGCCUUUCUGGAAAAUGGCUUUUCAUCAUGCAGCUCCAGUUUAGUGCCCCCUUUUUGACGGGAACACGAUUAAGUGAUCCUUACGUAGGUGCCUGUAUCUGGCACAUACAGCCGGAUUUUCUAUUUUUAUAUGGUUUCACGUCCUUAUCGCGCUCCUUCUUAUUUCACGGAACGCCAGAUUAGUCGAAAGACCUGCACCGGGGUUAGAUACAGCGACUGCAUUUUUGUUGCGACUUGUACAUGAACGAAGCAUUCCUCUUCUUGGCUCCUGUGCGCUGGCAGUAGGUGCCAAAGGUCUCGGCUUUGAGGUUGGAUGCUGCAAGAAGGCGCGAUAACUGAUCCAGUAAGUACUGAGCCUCAGUGUCUCAGCUUGGUUCAGCGGUAGCAGGUUUCUUUUGCACUUGGGUCCUCGUUUCAGAACGAUAAUCGUGGUGGGUUUGGUGAGGGAUGUUUGCUACUGGGCACUUGACUGGCUCCCCUAAUGCCGGUUAGUGUUACGUAGCCUGCCACGUUUACACUUUCGUUUGUGAUUUAAGUCGCUGGCAUUAUUUCGCGCUCACGGCGUCUUCAUUGGGGCAUCUUUGCAGGUUCGGAGCCUUCUCGUAAGGUCGCCGGUGACGUGAGAAUAGUUUUACUCUGUGGUUCUUUCCGGUCAUACGCGAGUUUACGCAAUAUUUAUUAUGGCUCACCGCAAGUGUGAAGUGACUGUGAAUAACUUUUACUGGCGUGUGUCUGAUGACUCUACUGCACUCCCCUUCGACGUCUGCUCCAUUUUCGGCUGUUGGAGUUGUCAUAGGGUCGUGCCGAGAAUUUCCCGGGAAAAUGGUAGAUCUCGGAAGUGCUCACAUUGUGAAUAUGUUGUCUUUGCGCCUUCGCGGGUAGCGAGGACUAAAGAUGUGACCAAGGGUGUGCUCAAGUGCACCCGUUUUGGUGUCCAGUGCCGUUCUUGAGGGAGAGUGCAUUGGGCUGUUAUGAGAGCGUACCUGGCACACUGUGUCUGUUGCUCCGCUCUCUCGGUGUACUUUUUCUAAAUUCCCUGGCGUUCUAAUGACAAAAAUAAAUUGAGAUUUUUUUUCCA